CAGAAGAAGCCUUCAGAAUGUGUGAGAAACCUCUCCAGACUCAACUCUGGAGCUACUCAAAUGACAUUUAUUAUUGAAACUAAUUGUCAUUUACGAUAUCGGGCAGCCGCUUUCAUACGAGAAUCAGUAUGUCCGUGCAUUUUGAGGAGAGGAGCGGUGUGAUCCCGUGUAAAACAUCUUGGGGCUCUUGGUAUCAGACUAUGGAAGAGGUUUUCAUCGAAGUAGAUGUUCCUCCUGGGACUUCAGCCAAAGAGGUCAAGUGUAACAUCGGGAGUAAACAGAUAGAGCUUCAUGUAAGAGGCAAACAAAUUUUCAAGGGGAAGCUGUUUGGAUCCACAGUUGGUGAUGAAGCUACAUGGACAUUGGAAGACAAAAUAAUGAUCCGGAUAGUUCUGAUAAAAUCUAAUCGAGAGGCUGGGAACUGCUGGCAGUCUCUGUUAGAAGGAGAGUAUGCAGCUGAUCCAUGGGUGCAGGACCAGAUGCAGAGAAAACUUACACUAGAGAGGUUUCAGAGAGAGAACCCUGGAUUUGACUUUAGCGGGGCCGAGAUCUCUGGGAACUUUCAUGGUGGUGGACCAGAUUUCUCAAGUUUGCAAAAAUAGAAUGGACUGCAACUGAAUUUAUUCCAGUUUCAGUUUGAAAUUUAAAAAGUAAAUAAUGACGUCUGGCUGUUGAUAUAAAGCCAUAAUCUAUCACAAGCAGCCUUUUGAGAAAAGCCUUUAUGGACAUUUUAAGCUUUAGAAAUGCAAAGUUAUUGCAAUUACCACCACACCUGUUUGGAUUGUUGGGUCAGCUGUCCUUUAAAUUUCUAUUAAAUCACCCUUAUCUCAAGCACCACAAACAAGCAUUUAACAUUUCAAUAAUGUUUUAUUGAAAGGUUCCACCACAUGAAUUUGCAGGAUGCAGCUUUCAACUUUCCAGAUAGGAGUCUUUAUAUCCACUUGAAAAUUUAACUCAAAUCUAUUUCAACCACUCAUUUUCUGUUAGAAUUUAAAACCAGGAAUAAACAAAUGGUCACAUACAGGAGAAACCAAAUGUCAAAUAAACUUCAACC